AUGGCGAAUAAAAAGAUAGAGCAAUGGGAGGUUGAGCGAUAUUGGGAGAUCUUCUCGUCCCUAGCCGGCGGCCAGCCCCGUCUGAACAACUCCCAGGCCGCCUCAGUGCUCAGGAACAGCCGACUUCGCGACGAUCAGCUGGAGAAGGUCUGGGAUCUGGCUGACCUCGAUGGAGACGGAGAGCUGGACUUCGAGGAAUUUUGCGUUGCUAUGCGAUUAGUCUUCGAUCUGGUCAACGGGGAAUUACCACAAGUUCCCGACACACUUCCCGAUUGGCUCGUUCCUGAAUCCAAAUCACACCUCGUUCAUGCCACUCGUGCCCUAAGCGUGGGCCAGGAGCAGUUCGAGCGCAUAGAGGAUGAAGACAGCACGCCUGGGUUGAAAGACGGUUUCGACUGGUACAUGAACCCGGCCGAUAAGGCCAAGUACGAGGACAUAUACUCCGCGAACAAGAACCAGCGGGGUGAAAUCGCCUUCAACUCGCUAGAGCCACUCUAUGAGUCCCUCGACGUACCAGACACCGACAUUCGAUCGGCCUGGAACCUGGUGAACCCAUCCGCGGCACCCGAGAUUAACAAAGACGCAACACUCGCCUUCCUCCACAUCCUCAACUACCGCCACGAAGGCUUCCGUAUCCCCCGCACAAUCCCCGCUUCGCUCCGCGCCUCCUUCGAGAACAACAAGAUCGACUACCAACUAGACAGGGCGCGGCCGGCGCAGAAAUGGGGUGCCAACGGUGACACCGAGACGUCGACAGGGCGCAAGGCUAAGUUCGGCGAUACCUACCUGAGCCGACUCGGUGUCGCCGGGAAGACGUCCUAUACCCCGAAGGGGACAGACUUUAGCGACACUAUCCAGGACGAGGAAUGGGAGAAGGUGCGCCUGCGACGCGAACUUGCGGAAUUAGACGCCAAGCUGCAGUCUGCGAAUAAGGCUUCUGAAGGGCGAAGGAGUGGCCACCGGAACGAUGGGCGGCCGAACUGGGUUCUCGCCAAGAAGGAAGCCCUCCAGCUCCUGGAGUAUAAGGAGCGGGAGCUGCGUGAGUUGCGCGAGGGAACAGGGCGUGCCAAGGCCGGUGGGGAUGUUGAGCGCCUCCGCGAGGAUGUCCGAACAGUCGGCGAACAGGUCGAAGGGCUGAAGAAUCAUCUCGUCCAGCGACAGGCUAUCCUUGCCGACUUGCGAAGAGAGAUUGAAGACGAGCGAGCGUCUCGGUAG